AUGCUCAUUUUUGUCUUUCCUCUCAAGAGUUUGGCUGAAUUGGAAGCAUUAUGUACUCACCUCUAUGUAGGAACUGAUCUCACACAAAGAAUAGAGGCUGAGAAAGCACUCCUGGAACUAAUUGACAGCCCAGAAUGCCUCAGCAAGUGCCAACUUUUAUUAGAACAAGGAACAACAUCUUACGCCCAGCUCCUUGCAGCCACUUGUCUUUCAAAACUCGUUAGCCGAGCCAAUCCUUUACCUAUUGAACAGAGGAUAGAUAUCAGAAACUACAUUCUAAAUUAUGUGGCAUCCCAACCCAAGCUGGCUCCUUUUGUUAUUCAAGCACUUGUACAAGUCAUUGCUAAAAUAACUAAGUUGGGGUGGUUUGAGGCUCAGAAAAACCAGUUUGUCUUCAGGGAAAUCAUUGCUGAUGUGAAAAAGUUUCUACAGGGCACUGUGGAACACUGUAUAAUAGGAGUAAUGAUUCUCUCAGAGCUGACACAGGAAAUGAACCUGGUUGAUUAUUGUAGAUCUUCAGCAAAACACAGGAAAAUAGCUACCUCAUUUCGUGACUCUUCUCUCAAAGACAUUCUUGUGCUAGCAUGCUCUCUUCUGAAAGAGGUGUUGGCCAAACCUUUAGAUUUACAGGAUCAGAAUCAACAAAAUCUAGUAAUGCAGGUCUUAAAACUGGUUCUCAACUGCCUUAACUUUGAUUUCAUUGGCAGUUCAGCAGAUGAAUCUGCUGAUGAUCUUUGUACAGUGCAGAUUCCAACAACCUGGAGAACAAUUUUCCUGGAACCAGAAACAUUGGAUCUUUUCUUCAAUUUGUAUCAUUCAUUUCCACCUCUACUGUCCCAGUUAGCACUCUCAUGUUUAGUUCAGUUUGCUUCCACAAGAAGGUCCUUGUUUAGCAGUCCUGAACGUGCCAAGUACCUUGGUAAUUUAAUUAAGGGAGUAAAAAGGAUACUUGAAAACCCUCAGGGUUUAUCUGAUCCAGGUAAUUAUCAUGAAUUUUGUCGAUUUUUGGCUCGUUUGAAGACAAAUUAUCAGUUGGGAGAAUUAGUUAUGGUGAAGGACUAUCCUGAAUUUAUUAGAUUGAUAGCUGAUUUUACAAUUACUAGCCUCCAGCACUGGGAAUUUGCUCCCAACAGCGUUCACUAUCUAUUAACGCUGUGGCAGAAGAUGGUGGCGUCCGUUCCUUUUGUGAAAUCAACUGAGCCCCAUCUGUUAGACACCUACGCUCCGGAAAUCACGAAGGCGUACGUCACUUCUCGUUUGGAAUCUGUUGCCGUAGUUGUGAGAGAUCAUUUAGAUGAUCCACUGGAUGAUUCCGCUACUGUGUUUCAGCAGCUGGAGCAAUUGUGCACUGUCAGUCGAUGCGAAUACGACAAGACUUGCACUCUUCUGGUACAGUUAUUUGACCAGGAUGCACAGAAUUACCAAAAACUCAUACAUUCAGCUUCUGGAGUAACUGUGGACAGGGCAAUUCAAGAAGGACGUCUUGCUUGGCUGGUGUACUUAGUUGGGACAGUAGUAGGAGGAAGAUUGACAUAUACCAGUACGGAUGAACAUGAUGCUAUGGAUGGAGAAUUAUCUUGUCGGGUUUUUCAGCUUAUAUCCUUAAUGGACACCGGACAGCCUCAGUGUUCUAAUGAGAAAAUAGAGCUCGCAAUCCUGUGGUUCUUGGAUCAGUUUCGUAAAACAUAUGUUGGUGAUCAACUCCAAAGAACCUCAAAGGUAUAUGCCCGUAUGUCAGAAGUUUUAGGAAUAACAGAUGACAACCAUGUUCUAGAAACAUUCAUGACGAAAAUUGUUACAAACCUUAAAUACUGGGGAAGAUGUGAGCCUGUAAUUUCAAGGACUCUUCAGUUCCUGAGUGACCUUUCUGUUGGCUAUAUCCUUUUAAAAAAACUUGUGAAGAUUGAUGCCGUGAAAUUCAUGCUCAAAAACCACACGAGUGAACACUUCCCCUUUCUUGGCGUCAGUGAAUAUUACAGCCUCAGUGACUUCAGGUGCCGAACAACCUUCUACACAGCCCUCACGCGCCUUUUGAUGGUAGAUCUAGGUGAAGAUGAGGAUGAAUUUGAGAAUUUCAUGCUGCCUCUCACAGUCUCUUUUGAAACAGUAUUACAGAUAUUCAACAACAACUUUAAGCAAGAACAGCUAAAGCGUAUGCUGAUCGGGCUGGCGAGAGAUCUUCGAGGGAUUGCCUUUGCGCUGAACACAAAGAGCAGCUACACCAUGCUGUUUGACUGGAUUUACCCGACCUACCUUCCCAUUCUUCAGAGGGCUAUUGGGCAGUGGUGUGGAGAGCCGGCGUGCACCACUCCCAUCUUAAAACUUAUGGCAGAACUGAUGCAAAACAGAUCUCAGCGCUUGAAUUUUGAUGUCUCAUCUCCUAACGGAAUUCUUCUCUUCAGAGAAGCUAGUAAAAUGAUUUGCACUUACGGUAAUCAGAUCCUGCCCCUGGGGAGCCUCUCAAAAGAUCAGAUUUAUCCAAUGAAACUCAAGGGCAUCUCCAUCUGCUAUUCGGCUCUCAAAUCUGCCUUGUGUGGAAAUUAUGUCAGCUUUGGCGUCUUCAAGUUGUAUGGGGACAACCAUUUUGACAAUGUACUCCAGGCCUGUGUCAAAAUGUUGCUGUCGGUGCCCCACUGCGACUUGCUACAAUAUCGGAAACUGAGCCAGUCUUAUUACCCCCUUCUGGAAUGCCUCACCCAGGACCACAUGAGCUUCAUCACUGACUUAGAGCCCCCUGUGCUCCUCUAUGUUCUCACAUCUAUCUCAGAGGGACUCACCUCCCUUGAUACAGUUGUCUCCUCCAGCUGCUGCACCAGUUUAGACUACAUCGUCACCUACCUCUUCAAGCACCUAGCCAAAGAGGGCAAGAAGCCACUCCGAAGCAGAGAGACCACGCAGGCCGGGCAUAGACUCUUACAUUUUAUGCAGCAAAACCCAGAUGUUCUGCAGCAGAUGAUGUCCGUCCUCAUGAACACCAUCAUCUUUGAAGACUGUCGGAACCAGUGGUCAGUGUCCAGGCCCCUCCUGGGGCUUAUCUUGCUGAACGAGAAGCAUUUCGGGGAGCUGCGGGCCAGUCUGAUAAGCAGCCAGCCCCUCCCCAAGCAGGAAGUGCUUGCCCAGUGCUUCCAGAACUUGAUGGAGGGCGUGGAGCAGAGCCUGGCCGUCAAGAACAGAGACAGGUUCACCCAGAACAUGUCGGUCUUCAGGAGAGAUGUGACAGAGGCCCUGCGCUGUGACGGCAGCUCCGAGCCACCGGGCAGCUCCGAGCCACCGGGAAGCCUGGACAUGAUGAGCUGACCCUGCUGCUCUGCGCACAGGCCACGCGGCUUCCCCCGGACAGGACAUGGGGGCCGGGGUCCCAGGACCAACGUGGUGUUGGCUAGCCCAGGGGUAUCUACUUUUCCAAGCCAACAAUAGCAGCAAAGAGCCCUACCUUUUUAUAAGUCUGGCCUAAGUACGAAAGUUUAUAAUAGUGCAAACGAUGUAAAGUCCUUCCGGCAUUGCUCUGAAAAAGGAAACGACGUGUUUUCCGUCUUUCUAACUGAUGUCAUUAUCCAUGUUCUCGUACUGCUCUGAAGGGAUGUGUAAAUAAUAUUUACCCAGAGAACAUAAUAAACCAGGUUUGCAUCGAAA